AUGAGUGCAAUUAGAUUAAUACGACCAUCAUUUGGAUCCUCUUAAGAGAUUUAGAUUAACCCUUCUUGUUCUUUCACUCUAAAGUAGACUAAAUCCCAAACUUUCAUUCAAAUGAAAAUCAAAAGUACACCUUCCGGUAGUAAAAAUUCAUCAUUGGCCAAAUUAAACUCUCCUUAUUAGCCUCAUCAAAAAAGUUAAUUUUCUACUAAAACUCAUUAUGAUUCAUAGGACAUCCAUUUUACACUAAAAGGAUGCAUGAGAAUCUUUAAAGAGAUUCAAAAGAGUUCUUUAAAUAGUUAAAGUGAAUUUGUCUUACUUGAUGUAAAGGAUAGGAUGCAUAACAUUGAAAAUAUAAUUGAAGAAAUGCUAAAUCAUCAAAAUAACAAAAAUAAUAAUUAAAAUAAGAUCUCUUAAUUUAUGAUGUUAAUUAUUGAAGAAAAAAAGUAAAAGUAAUAAGCAAUUCAAUCAGGAGAAAACUUAAUUAAAUAGCAAGCAAAUUAAAUCUAAUAGUUGAAGAAUAGAAUUUCUAUUUAUUCAUGA